AUGGCGAGCCUCGAAGUCCCUACCUCCCCACUAUCCCCCGUCAACAAAAUUAUCAAGGAUGUAGUUGCAACUCCCGACCGACACCCAUCUCCUCAACCGACUCAUUUCAGCGUACCAUAUAAGAAUGGCAAUGGCAAUGGACACCGAGUCCUGCGCUCUGCCACUGUGGGAUAUAUUGCUCCAGAAUUUAAGGGCAAGAAGGCGCAAAUGCUCCAGGUUAAGGGGAAAAUUGAGGAAGCUUCUUGGAUCCCUGAUCCUAUGAUCGAUGAGCAAAUAAACUGGUUCUACAAUGAGCUCGGAAUCGACGAUGUCUACUUUCAACUGGAGAAUGUCGAUGCCAUUGUGAGCCAUGUUACUUCCCUCUAUGCCGCCAAGAUUGCUGCUUUUGCCCGCAAGGACAAGAGAGAUGAAAUUAGAUUGGACAUGGAAGCCGCUGAUCACGCAAUCUACAUCGAUACUAGUGAGCCCGGUAUCAGCAAUAUCAGUGGUCCUCGAUAUGAGCACAGACUCGAGAAGAAAUACCUCGAUGCCUCCACACAGAACUCAAGUUACCGUGUGGAGACUUUCCGGUCGCCAACAAAUCUGUCUGGCACUACUGCUUCAAAGUCAACCAUGCGCUGCUAUUUCGUUUACCAAUGCAUGUUUGUUGACCCAAAGGCGGCACCCACCGAGACGCGACUUGAGGUUAUUGCAGACCGGAUGUUCCUUGCCAAGGCUACGAAGAAUACAAAACAAAUCUACCAAGAGAUCAUCGACUUGGCAGUCUCCAGAAAUGGCCCCGUGAUUGAGGUAUUUGACAUUGAGGGCUCUAAGGAGAAGAGACUCGUCGUUGCGUUCCGUCGUAGGACAGCAGCAGGCAUGUUCAGUGCUCUCUCGGACUUGUACCACUACUACGGUGUGACCAGUUCCAGAAAGUACGUCGAGCAAUUCAGCAAUGGCAUCACUGUCAUUUGUCUCUAUCUCAAGCCUGCGGCAAACUUAGAAUCCAAAAAGUUUCCGCCACUCGAGGCCUCUAUUCACCAGAUCACCAAGGAGAUAUCGUUACUUUACUGCAUUCCUCAGAACAAAUUCCAGGCUUUGUUUGCUUCUGGUAGAUUAAGUCUUCAAGAGACUAUUUACGGACAUUGUCUCUGGGUGUUUGUCCAGCAUUUUUUGAACCGUCUUGGCUCCGACUAUGCCUCUUUGGUGUCGGCUUUGGACAAGGACAGUAGCGCCCACGUAGAGAUUCUCUCGAAUAUCAAGCGACGCCUGAGGACUGAGACGUUCACUGCUGGCUACAUCUUCGAGAUCAUCGAGUCCCAUCCUGAGCUGAUUCGUACUCUGUAUGCCUCCUUCGCCAACACCCAUUUGACCCUCGGGCCGGGUUAUGUCGAAGAUUGGGUGCCUCCCGCGCCGUCAGCUGAGGUCCUAUCCGAUAAAGAGAUCGGGGACUUAAUCACCAGGACGGUCGAUAACGAGCACGAGGAGAUGGUCAUGAACGCAUUCCGAAUCUUUAACAAAGCCCUUCUCAAGACCAACUUCUAUACCCCUACAAAGGUUGCGCUGAGUUUUCGUCUCGACCCGGCUUUCCUCCCCGAGAUUGAGUAUCCUCAACCUCUCUAUGGAAUGUUCUUAGUCAUUAGCUCUGAGAGUCGAGGCUUCCAUCUUCGUUUCCGUGAUAUCGCGAGAGGAGGAAUCCGCAUUGUCAAGUCCCGGAAUAAGGAAGCCUACUCCAUUAACGCUCGAUCCAUGUUCGAUGAGAAUUAUGGUCUUGCGAACACCCAGCAGCGCAAGAAUAAGGAUAUCCCCGAGGGCGGCUCUAAGGGUGUUAUCCUGCUUGAUGCCGCGCACCAAAACAAGGGCAGUGUUGCUUUCGAAAAGUACAUCGACAGCAUUAUGGAUCUUCUCCUCCCAGCUGCUUCGCCAGGUAUUAAGAACCCGAUUGUGGAUCUCUACGGCAAGCAAGAGAUUCUUUUCAUGGGCCCUGAUGAGAACACUGCAGACCUCGUCGAUUGGGCAACUGAGCACGCUCGGAAGCGUGGUGCACUUUGGUGGAAGUCCUUCUUCACUGGCAAAUCUCCAAAGCUUGGUGGUAUUCCCCAUGACGCUUAUGGCAUGACUACCCUGUCAGUCCGUGAGUUUGUUAAGGGUAUCUACCGGAAGCUUGAGCUGGACCCUAGCAAAGUUCGGAAGAUGCAGACUGGUGGGCCCGACGGUGACUUGGGAAGCAACGAGAUCCUCCUUAGCAAUGAGAAAUACACCGCGGUUGUUGAUGGCAGCGGUGUGUUAGUGGAUCCUAACGGAAUUGAUCGCAACGAACUCAUUCGACUUGCCAAGAAGCGUGUCAUGAUCUCUCAAUUUGACAUGACGAAGCUCUCGGAGGCCGGAUACCGUGUGCUUGUCGAUGAGAACAACGUCAAGCUGCCAUCUGGCGAGCUUAUAAACAACGGAACACUUUUCCGCAAUACCUUCCACCUCCGAGAUUCUGGGUUGACUGACUCCUUCGUCCCUUGCGGUGGCCGACCCGAAUCUAUCGACCUCUCAAGCGUCGGCAAAUUGAUCAAGAACCACAAAUCCACCAUCCCAUACAUAGUUGAAGGCGCAAACCUCUUCAUCACCCAAGACGCCAAGCUCCGUCUCGAAGCCGCCGGCUGUAUUCUCUUCAAGGACGCCAGUGCCAAUAAAGGCGGCGUCACCUCGUCUUCCCUCGAAGUUCUGGCCUCCUUAUCCUUCGACGACGAAGGCUUCGUGCAAAACAUGUGUGUUGGCGCCGACGGCAACCCGCCGGAAUUCUACCAAGCCUACGUCAAAGCCGUCCAAGAGAAGAUCAAGGACAACGCUCGCUUGGAAUUCGAGGCUAUCUGGCGUGAACACGAAUUAACCAAGAUCCCGAGAUCAACGCUCAGCGACACUCUGAGUGUGGCUAUCACCAAGCUAGACGAAGAGCUGCAGGGGACAGAUCUGUGGAAGAAUGAGAAGUUGAGAGGAUCGGUGUUAGCUGAUGCACUGCCGAAAUUGUUGCUCGAUAAGAUUGGCUUGGACUUGAUCAUUGAGAGAGUCCCCGACAAUUACCUCAGAGCUAUCUUUGGUAGUUACCUUGCUUCGAGGUUCGUGUAUGAGUUUGGUAGCCAGCCCAGCCAGUUUGCGUUCUUUGACUUGUAA